GUAUAGGUGUAGCCUAACCUGUUCUCCAGCUCAGGUGGUGGUCAGAGAAGGCAUUUAACUGACAGAUCCUCUUAAAUUGACAGAACAGCUGAGGUUCAGAGGAGACAACAUUGCCUGGGCUUUUGGAGGACUCUAAGACGUUGACAAGGCUUAAAAGUCUUUCUUUAGCCGGACUCCUCCCCUUCAUCUACACCGACUGAAGUGGAUUUAACAAGUGACAUCAAUAAGGGAUCAUAGCUUUCACCUGGUCAGUCUGUCAUGGUUAUAGUGAACAUUUUUCUUGAUAUGCUGCUGUAAAUAUACUUCAGAAAUCAUGAAUGGGGAAAGUCAUCAAAGAUGUUAUUCCGAAAGCUUGGUCCUGGAGGAUUCAGACAGAGGAGGAGUUGUCAUCACGGGAAUCACAGACCCUAGAGUGACUAAUAAGAGUGGCUUGAAAGAAGGCGAUGAGAUUGUCGCUGCCACCAUACAUCUUAACCACCUUAAUAAAGAUGACCUGAUGAAAAUACUUAAGAUCAUGGAGCCUUAUGAAGACAACAUGAGUUUUGUGACAAAGCCGGAUCUGAAUGCCAGCGUCAGUCUCAGCUCACUGGACAGUGGUCUCAAAAGUCCCGGGGAUAUGCUCAAAGAUACCUACAGCAGAAUGCAGCGAGCAGUUGAGGCACCAUCUAUUGAGGUUAAUGGCCUCAAUGGACAAUUAAAUGCAGAAGGCUGGUUGAAGAAUGAAAUCAAUGGUCCCACUUUGAAUGGGGUAUUGCCCAAUGUAACAUUGGACACACCUGGACCUGAUGGAGGUGCAAAGUUCCCCACCAUUGGAAUGUCUGGGCCAGUAAUGAAAGGAGCAGAUCAGGAGGGCACCCUCACACACCCUAAAGUCAGUCUAUCAACACCAGAGUUCAGCACUCCAGAUGCUUCACUUGACUUGGAGAAACCUGAGGUUAAGACAAGUGGAUUGAAGUACAAGCCUCCCAAAUUCAAAAUGCCUCACUUCAAACUACCACAAGUAAAAACCAACGCGCCAAAGGGAGAUGUGAAUGUAUCAGCAGAUUUAGAAGGCCCUGGUUUCAGUGGAGAGCUAGAGACACGAGACCUGAACCUCUCAUCCCCUGAUGUGGAAAUCAAACGACCAGAUUUGAAUGGGCCAAAUGCUGUCUUGAAAGCUCCAGAUGUUGACAUAGAGGCUCCUUCUGGCAAAUUCAAAUGGCUUACUCUCACAAAGCCCAAGUUUGGAUUAUCUGGACCAAAAAUGAAGGGACAUGAAGUGGACAUAGAUGCUGACCUGUCUGCACCUGACAUGAAUCUCUCCACUCUAAACAUUGAUGGAGAGAUAAGCGCAUCAGAUGUAGACUUGAGUAUACCAAAAGCUGAGGUAGAUCUGCAAGCUCCAGAUAUCGACAUUGAGGCUCUCUCAAGUAAAUUUAAAUGGCCUCAUUUAAAUAAACACAAAUUUGGUCUUCAUGGGCCCAAAGUCAACUCCCCUGGUGUGGAUGUUAAGGCAGAUCUGGAGAAACCAACAGUUGAUCUUUCUGUCCCAAAGAUUGAGGCUGAGAUGAGCAAUCCAGAUUUAGAACUGAAUUUACCCAAAGCAGACCUCAGCAGCCCUGAGGUAGAUGUGAAAGCCCAUGUUGUUGAUAUUCAUCCUCCCACUGGGAAACUUAAGUUCCCAACACUCAAAAAUACCAAUUUCAGGCUCUCUGGACCAAAUAUAAAAGCUCCAGACAUUGAUGUUGAUGCAGAUCUGAAGGCACCUGACCUCAGUCUCUCUGUUCUUGAAGUUGAGGCAGGGCUUAACAUGCCUGAUUUGCACACCAAUUUGCCAAAUGCAGAUAUCAAAGGCCCUGAAGUAGACCUGAACGCAUCAGAAGUGGACAUUAAGCCCGUUUCAGGGAAAUUAAAAUGGUUUACUCUAAAAAAGCCACAGUUUGGUCUCUCUGGACCCAAGGUUAAGGGUCUCGAAGAAUUGAAUCUCGCCCCUCCAAACAUUGAUGGAGAAAUAAAUGCACCAGAUGUAGAUCCUAUUUUACCCAAAUCUGACCUGGAAGGCCCAGAGGUAGAUGUUGACACUGAUGCCCAUUCUGGAAAAUUCAAGUGGUUCAACCUAAAGAAGCCCACAGCUGAUUUGAAAGGUCCAGAUGUAGAUCUUCAAGCACCAGAGGUCGACAUUAAGACACCCUCUGGAAAGCAAAGAUUUCCAACUUUAAAAAUGCCCACAAUUAACUGGACUGGACAUAAGGUGAAGGGACCAAAGCUUGAUGGUGAUCUGAAGAGAGCAGAAUUGGACCUAUCAGCUCCCAAGUUUGAUGUGAAUUUACCAGGAGCAGAUCUUCAAGGCCUUGAUCUUAACCUCUCCACACCAUCAAUUACAGCAGACAUUGCUGUUCCAGAUGUAGAUCUUCAGGCACCAGAAGUUAAUAUUGAGGCACCCACUGGAAAGAAACGAUUUCCAACUUUAAAAAUGCCUAAAAUUAACUGGUCUGGACAUAAGGUGAAGGGACCAAACCUUGAUAUUGAUACUGAUCUAAAGAAAGCAGAUUUGGACCUCUCAGCUCCGGAGGUUGAUGUGAAUUUAACAGAAGCAGAUCUCCAAGGCUCUGAUCGCAACCUCUCAGCACCAGCAAUUGAAGGAAACAUCGCUGUUCCAGAUAUCAAUGUCAGUUUGCCUGAAGCUAACCUCAAAGGACCAGAUGUAGAUUUAGACCUUGAUGCUCCCUCUGGAAAAUUCAAGUUGCCAAAACUAAAAUGGACAAAAAUAAGAAAAGUAAAAGGACCAGAACUUGAUGUUGAUCUUAAGACCCCAGAAUUAGCUGUUGAUGUUAAUUCACUUGAAGCAGAUCUGAAAGGGCCUUGUCUCAACACAAAAACAACAUAUCUCAACCUUUCAGCACCAGCAAUUGAGGAAGACAUUGCUGCUCCAGAUUUCAAUAUCAGUUUGCCUGAAGUUGACCCUGAUGCUCCGUCUGGAACAUUCAAGUUGCCAAAAUUCAAACUCCCCAAAUCCAGUUUAACAGGACCAAGAGUUAAAGGACCAAACCUUGAUGCUGAGCUAAAGGCCCCAAAAUUGGAUGUCUCUGUUCCUGAUGUGGAUGUCAGUUUGCCGACUGCUGACCUCCAAACCCCUGUAGUAGAGCUGAAAACACCCGACCUGGACCUUUCUGCUCCAAAGAUUGAGGGAACCAUUGCUGCUCCAGAUUUGAGUGUCAGUUUGCCUGAAGCUGACAUCAAAGGUCCAGAGGUAGAUCUCGACACCCCAGAAGUUGACCUUGAUGCUCCGUCUGGAACAUUCAAGUUGCCAAAAUUCAAACUCCCCAAAUCCAGUUUAACAGGACCAAGAGUUAAAGGACCAAACCUUGAUGCUGAGCUAAAGGCCCCAAAAUUGGAUGUCUCUGUUCCUGAUGUGGAUGUCAAUUUACCGACAGCUGACCUCCGGGCCACUGUAGUAGAGCUGAAAACACCAGAUGUCAACCGCUCUGCCCCCAAACUUGGUGAAGUGAAUGUACCAGAGAUUAGAAUGAAUGUACCCAAAACUGAUCUCAAAGGAACUGGACUAGUUCUAAAAGCUCCAGAUGUAGACAUUGAUGCUCCUUCAGGCAAAUUCAAAUUGCCCCAUUUUAAGCUCCCCACAUUUGGCAUUUCAGGUUCUGAACUGGAGGGACAAAACCUUGACAUUGAGACACCUGACAUUAAAGUUUCAGUUCCCAGAGUUGAGAGUGGACUUGAAGCCCCAAAGGUAGAUAUAGCUCUACCUCAAGCAUACCUCAAGCUAUCAGAUCCUAAUGUUAAAAGUGAUAUCAGUGCUCCAGAUGUAAAUCUAAGUUUACCAAAAACAGACCUCUCUGGCCCUGAGGUAGAGUUGAAUGGUCCUGAUCUAAGUCUCUCUACCCCAGGAAUUAAAGUAAGUGUCCCAGACAUUAAAGGCCCUGAGGCCAAGUUUAAAGCGAAAGACGUUGACAUUGAGGCUCCCUCUGAAAAACUGCCACAUUUUAAGAUGCCAAAGUUUGGUCUCUCGGGGCCUAGAAUAAAUGGCACAGAAUUUAAUGCUAGUGCAGAUGUAAAUACACCUGAUGUGGAAGUUUCAGUCCCCAAAAAUGAGGGAGAGAUUAGUACCCCUGAACUGAGUCUCUCUGCUCCUGGCAUUGAGGCAAGUGCUGACAUGCCAGAUUUGGAUGUAAAUGUACCAGAAGCUGACCUCAAAGUAGAUGUUGAGGAAGAGGGAGACACUCACAAAAGUACAUUCAAAUGGCCAUUCAAGUGGCCAAGCUUAAACUUAUCUGGCUCAAAAGGUAAAGAUUCUGACAUGGACGAUGAGGAAGAAUCAAAACGUGAUCAGGUGGAGGUGCCAAUGUUUACAUUUCACAGACUGCCACAGAACAACAAGAUUGAGAGUGCAUUCCAAGAUGCUGCCAAGGCCCUUGGUGAGGCGAAGGACACGCCAAAGCUUGAAAGAGGCCUUGAAACAGCUGGCGUAGAGGUCAGUUUGCCUAAAGUGAAUGAAGGACAGAAGGUGACAUCACCUUCAGGACUUAUUGACAUCAUGGAGCGGUUGAAUAGAUUUAAAGCAAAAACACCCACAGCUAAUGUCUCCCUACCAGAAGUGAAAGGUGAGCUCCAUACCCCUAGCCUUGAUGUCAGCUCUACCUCAGACGUAGAUAGUUCCACUAAGCUUAAAAGAGGGACUUUCAAAGUUACAAAACCUGAAUCUGGGAUGGGCCUGGAAUACCCUGUAGUGGACUCAGAGGGAAACGAUAGCAUGUCAAUAAGCCUCUCCAAUAUGCUUGGUCUGAAUAUCAAAGAGCCCGAUACAGAUUAUUGAUAGUUUCCAGUCAUGUGAACCGUACACUUGGGAUAAACCAACAUGAUUGUAACUGCUUUGUAAAUACAUCAAUUUGUUCAUGAGUUGACUCCAUUUUAAGGAUGUGUUUUGUCUCUAUGUACAAACAAAACAGAAACAUGUAAUUAUUUGUUUGUCGAUUCUCUGAUAACUUAGUUAAUCCAUAUGCUACUACAUCUAUAUUCAAACAGUUGAUAGCAAAAUGAAGGAAAAUAUGCUCAUUGGCUCUAUGUCUACUCAAAUGUAUUUAAAUUAUGGUAAUGUUUCCCAACUGCUGUUCACUUUUUUUUCACAAUUCUUUUUUUUUUUUACAAAUGCCUCAGUAUUGUAUCUUUCACAAUUCAGACAUGUUUCACCCAUAAAGGAGACAAUCUUUAUGGAAGCUGUCAUCUUCACAUUUUAAGCUAAAACAAUUGUUGAACAGUGAAAUGUAAUUCUACUAUUAAUUUGUUAUUUCCUUCUCCAAUAAACUACAAUAUGUCUA